CUAUCUCCCUCUUUCUCUCUCUUUCAUGCUCUCUCCCUCCCUCUCUUUCUGUCAGUGUCAUUCUGUAGUGGAGAUGUGGAGUGUCUUUCUGUCUCUUUGCCUGUUUCUCCAGCCUAAUUCAGCUGAGGAAGUGAUGCUGCUGGACACAACAGAAUCUACCUCAGAGCUGGGCUGGACCACCUAUCCAGACACCGGGUGGGAUGAGGUCAGUGUCAUGGACGACCGGGGGAAGCUCAUCCGAACCUUUGAGGUCUGUAAUGUCAACCAAAAUCCCCGGCUUCAAGAUAACUGGUUGGCUACGCCUUUCCUGUAUCGCCACUCGGCUCCACGGGUAUUUGUCACGCUGCGUUUCUCAGUGCGUGACUGCGCCAGCCUACGGUCACCAUCACCCACCUGCCGGGAGACCCUCACAUUGUACUACAAACAGGCUGAUUCACAAAGGGAGCUGGAAAAGACCUGGGUAGCUGAGCCAUCCACUGGAGAGAAGGAGACCAGGGAGGGCUGGGUGAAGAUUGACACGAUAGCAGCAGAUAAAAGUUUUUCCAAGGUGGAGCCCAGUUCACCUCACCAGUACCAGCCCAACAGAUACAGCCGCAUUAAUAUCAAGACUCGGAGUUUUGCCCCUCUUACACGCAAUGGAUUUGUCCUGGCCAUCGUUGACAGUGGAGCCUGUGUGUCCCUCAUGGGUGUCUCCAUCUUCUACCGCCGUUGUCCAGCCACCAGCCUAUACUUGGCGUCCUACCCGGCCACUCCCUCAGGGGCGGAGCCAACCGCCUUAGUGCCUGUGAGUGGGACCUGUGUACCUCACAGUAAAGCACAGCAAGGCGCGCUACCUCGCAUGCACUGCAAUGCUGAAGGAGAGUGGAUGGUGCCUGUAGGAGGGUGUGUCUGUGAUGAAGGCUAUGAGCCCAACCUGAAUGGAUCUGCCUGCUUGGCCUGUCCAGUGGGCUACUUCAAGUCCGUUUCAGGCGCCGUUCCCUGCUCGGUUUGUCCAUCCAACAGCAGAACCAGCCAGGAGGGAUCGAGGGUGUGUGAAUGUCGCAGCGGCUUUUACCGAGGAGCCAACGAUGCCAACUCCUCUGCCUGCACAACUCCCCCAUCGGCUCCAGUCUCUUUGACCUGGGAGUAUGAGAGUGGUGACGGUGGCGUAUCCCUAAGGUGGCGCCCUCCGGUGGACAUGGGAGGCCGCAGUGAGGUGUGGUAUGGUGUGGUGUGUCGCAUCUGCCCCUCAGCCACUUUCACCAACCCGACAGCCUGCUCGUGGUGUGGGGAGGGCGUCACCUUCAGCCCCUCGAAGACCAAUCUGAAGCAAACCAAGGUCACCCUCAACAACCUGCUGACCAGAGUCACGUAUCUCAUACAGGUGCAAGCCAUGAAUGAAGUUUCAGCUUUGAGCCCUUUCCCAGCUCGAUACACAAGCAUCAAUUUCACUACAAGCCAGUCAGUACCCAGUACAGUUCCCAUGAUGCACCAGCUGAGUCGUGCUCCAGAUUCCAUCACUCUCUCUUGGCCUCAGCCAGACAGGCCCAAUGGAGACAUCCUGGAGUACCAACUCAGAUACUACGACAAGGGUUCAGAUGUGGACAGUGCUCUUAAUGUCUACAGUGAGACCAACACAGUGACUGUCAACUCUCUAAUUCCCGGCUCCAUCUACGCCUUUCAGAUCAGAGCUCGAAAUGAACGAGGCUAUGGCCCCUUCAGCAACACCAUCUACUUCACCACCCUGCCUCUGGAGGAGCAUUCACAGCAGAUCCAGAAUCGGCUUCCUCUGCUGGUUGGUUCAGUGAUGGGUGGGGCUGCAUUUCUCCUAGUAGUGGCAGCCAUUGUCGUUGUGGUGGUGUUUCGCAGCAAAAGGAGGGAAAGCCCGUACAGUGAUAGACUCCAGAGGUACAUCAGCAACCGAGGUGGAGUAAAAUAUUACGUGGACCCAUCUACGUAUGAAGACCCUAGUGAAGCAGUCAAAGAGUUUGCCCGAGAGAUAGACCCUACCCACCUCAAGAUAGAGGAGGUGAUCGGUGCAGCUCAGUUUGGGGAGGUUUCUCGAGGCCGCUACCGCCCAAUGGGUCGCAGGGAGGUGCUGGUGGCGGUGAAGACUCUGCGCUGGGGGGCGUCUGACAGAGAGAGGGGGAUGUUCCUCAGUGAAGCAGGGGUCUUGGGACAAUUUGACCACCCAAAUGUGCUGAAGCUGGAGGGCGUGGUCACUCGCACCCCGCCAGAGAGGAUCAUCACCGAGUUCAUGGAGAAUGGACCCCUGGAUGCCUUCCUGAGGGAAAAUGAGGGACAGUUUAGUGUCCUCCAGCUUGUUGGGAUGCUCCGAGGAGUUGGUGCAGGGAUGCGUUACCUCUCAGAGAGAAACUUUGUCCACCGUGACCUGGCAGCUAGAAAUGUGCUGGUCAAUUCCAACCUGGUUUGUAAGGUGUCUGACUUCGGGCUGUCUCGACUCAUGAGGGGCCUGGACCACAAUAUCCCUACAUACACUGCCUCACUGGGCAGUAAGAUUCCUGUGAGGUGGACAGCACCAGAGGCCUUUCAGCACCGCAAGUUUAGCUCAGCUAGUGAUGUCUGGAGCUUUGGUGUACUUAUGUGGGAAGUGAUGUCGUAUGGAGAGCGUCCAUACUGGGACAUGAGCAACCAAGAGGUGAUGAAGGCGGUAGCGGAUCAGUAUCGUCUCCCUGCCCCCCACAACUGCCCUCCGGCCCUCCACUCUCUGAUGCUCCAGUGCUGGCAGGCCGACCGAGGGGACCGGCCAGGCUUUGACUCACUCCUGUCCUCUUUGGAUCGGCUUAUCAGACACCCUGCCUCCCUCAAGGCCGAGCCAACUCGAAGCUGCUCUCAGCCACUGCUCAGUCCCACCCCCACAGACUUAUCGUCAGUGGCAACAGUCAGUGAUUGGCUGAAGGCGCUGAGGUUGGAGAGGUAUCAGGAUGAGUUUGACCGCGCUCACCUGGACACAUUAGACCGAGUCAGUAGGCUCACCAUGGAUGACGUCCAGAACCUCGGCGUGAACCUGCUGGGACACCAGAGGAAGAUUGUGAGCGCAGCCCAGCAGCUCAGAGCCCAUCUGACACAGGGACAGGUGGAGGUGUGAAAUCCACCCACAGAACAACCUGCACAGUGGCGUUCUGUGGUUUUCUUCCCUUUGCUUGCUGUGUCUGGUUACUGCAGCGCUCACUUCGAAGGAGCACGUUAAAGCCACUGAAAGCUUGUUGCUGUGUCUUCUGAUAAACCGAACACUUCAAACAGAAGGGGUGAAAAAAUUGGAUCAGACUUUUCUACCAGUCACUGAAGACAGCAGAGAGAUGCACUAUGGGAACUGCAGUCCAAGUCAGAAGGAGGUUGCUAUGGUGUUAGCGAAGGAGAAGGAGGACUUUAAAGGUCCCUCUGUUUUCACUAAAUUUCACUUUAUAAAUGUCUGCCUUGUUCUUUCCUCACCCAUCUGCAGUCCUACCUCUCACCUUCUCCUCACAUCCAGAUUGUCUCACCCCUGUCCCUCCUAAAACUCAUUCACCCUCCCACCCUCUCUGACUACAAUGUUUUUGUUAAAAUACUUAUGGAGGUGUCUCCUCACAGAGAAUUGCGUGAAGACAAUCAAAGCCUUUUUAUAAUACUUUUUUGAGUUAUUUGUAAAGUUAAAUCACUUUCUCUCCCUAAAAAUGCCAAAUGCUGAAAACUGUGCAAACAAAAAACAAAAAAAAACAAGAGUUUAACUGUUUCCCCGCAUAGCCCUAUGGUCUAUCCCAUAAAAUUACACUAUUAUCUGUUAGAAAAUGGGAUAUUUUGUCACUGGUUUUGCUCUUAGUCAUAAAGUAAAUCAGUGCUGCAAACCCUGAGGUCAGACACAAAUCACUGCUGUGAAAUUGGGGGAAAAAACAUGCUUUUUGUAAGCUAUAAUUAAUGUUUUCCCUCAUUCUAAGGCAUAUCCAGGGUCACAGGGUCCAGGGGAGCAGCCCUGUACAUCCAUUUCACUCUCAGCACCAGCAGAGCUCAGACGCUGCAAAUGUCCAUCACUGACGAAGACAGAAUAGAACAGCACCCACCUUUAUGUGUACAUUUCACACGUCACCUCUUUGUGUUCAAUUGCCAGAGUAAAGACACUGAGUCGUUAAAACGUUGUGAAUGUGUGAAAUGAAAAAGACGGUCGAAAUCUGAUCUGAUUUACACUUGAAGGAAGAAGGCUUAAUGCUUUGUAAGUACAUACCUGUGUGUCUGUGAUGUGUGCUGUACAUGAGGCUGUGUUCAUGUGUACAUCAGGUUUAUGCUGUACAUGACGCUGUGUGUGUGUGUGUGUGUGUGUGAGUAAGUGCGUGUGUGUGUGUGUGUGUGUGUGUGUGUGUGUGUGUGCGUGUGCGUGCGUGUUUGAGACAAGUGUGUCAGGCUACACACAUUAUUAGCUGUGUUUACUUGUGUGAGUGUUCACCACUAUUCCAUAACUGUGCAAAUUUGUAAAAUAAAUAUGAUUUUAUUUAAAAA